GUGUGGCCAUAAUGCAGGCUCAGUGGGUGUGAACUCCAGCCAUGUGCUCUGUUCAACACAAGAGGGAUAAUCUCAGAAGCUGACCAAGCAGCAAAUAAAUUCUGUGACCGCUGCUCUGAAGUCACUCACUCUGCUGUCGCUACUGCACCAGUGACACAGGCAGCCGAGCACCUUAUCAUCAAGUCAGCGAACGAGUCAGCGAACGAGUCAGCGAACGAGCAUUUCUUCAGCGAACAAGACAGAGAAAGCGGUUCAUCUGUGGAAGGACACGGUGGAUAAUUGGAAAUGUGCACCUCAGACGAACUGGAAUUCAACACAUUUGAGAGUAAAAAAAAAAAGAAGAGCGGAGCCUGAAGUAAAGGGGAACCGAGGACAAAUAAUGUGAAGCAAGAAGACAAGAAAAUGAAGACACAACCUAGCAGUGAGUAGGAAACUAUGGGGGAGGAGAGUGGAAAAAAAUCUUAGGGAGGGAGAGAAAGAGAGGGGGAGAGUGUGUACGUUAUGACUGCUCCUGUGUGUCAGGUGUGUGCAUUUGUGUUGGUAACCAGGCAGGCAACACCAUGAUCUCAUGGGGAUGUGGGGGAAAGUGACUUAAUCAGCAACGACUAGAAGAACCACAGGUAGAAAAAAGAAAAUCUCAUAGACACCAUCCUGUCUCGAGCUCAGAGCGUGCAGCCUCUUGGUUCUCUCACUGCCACAAACAACAACAACAACAACAACAACAACAACAACAACAACGACGACGACGACGACGACAACAGUCCUGACAACCACGUUUAGCUCAAACGUACAACAGAAACUGCUGCAGCGGAUAUUGCUCAUGUUGUUGCUGAUGAUGAUGGUGGUGCCACUGGAAAUGACUCGUGUUCUCUGCCGGACUCUGGAAGGAUGGUAACAACAUUUGGAACAGCAGCUUUGGUAACAACAUGUUCGGAACAGACGCCAACAUCUACAGACGGAUGACUACAGACUGAACUACCUGAAAGGAGUUGUAUCUGUGGUGGUGGUGGUGGUGCUGCUGGUGUCUGGAUAAGGCGAAGUGGGGCUAGUAUGUGCCAGCUUGAAGGGACAAAAUGCAGCUUCCUGUUGUGCCUGGGGAUUAGUAUUAUCAUCUGUUCAGUCAUUUAUUUGAGGACCAGUGUAAUAACAGCACCCAUGCCCUUAGAGUCUUCCAGUUGCAGGCCCCUUUCCACUGAAUGUAAAGCUUUCCUGCCCGACGCUGAGAUGGGAGUAGAAUGGUACCCCCGAGACUGCCAGGUGGAAAGCUAUAUUUUGAAUAGUCACCUACAGUGUUCCAAUUUGACCAGAGAUCUACACUUCAUCACUAGACCUCUGAGCCGCGAGGAGGAAGACUACCCUUUAGCGUUCAUUAUAACUGUUCACAAAGAGCUGGAGCUUUUUGUGCGUUUGUUGCGCGCCAUUUACACGCCACAAAAUGUCUACUGUAUUCACGUGGACGCUAAGGCUCCAUGGGAGUACCAGGCAGCCAUACGGAAGCUGGUCAGCUGCUUUCAGAACACCUUCCUCUCCAGCCACAGCGAGACCGUGACCUACGCUGGGUUCUCCCGUCUGCAAGCAGAUUUGAACUGCCUAAAGGAUCUCGAAAAGUCCAAGAUAGGCUGGAAGAAGGUGGUGAACCUGUGUGGACAGGACUUCCCCGUCAAGAGCAACCUGGAACUGGUGCAGUACAUGCAGAGCAAAGAGUGGCGGGACAGGAACAUGACGCCUGGUGACAAGCAGCCAGUGUACAUGAGGCACAGGACAGAGCUCCAGCACAGGGAGAUCAUAGGCUCACACGUAGUUCUAAAUGGUUUUGGCCUGAAGAAAAGUCCUCCACCGCACAAUCUGCAAGUUUACUUUGGAACAGCCUACUAUGCACUCACAAGGGCCUUUGUGGACUUUGUUCUGAAAAGCCCAAUAGCUCGCGACCUCCUGGAGUGGUCCAAAGACACGUUCAGUCCAGACGAGCACUACUGGGUGACACUCAACCACAUCAAAGAAGCCCCAGGUAGCCACAUAAAUGGAGAUUGGACAGGAGACAUCCGGGCAAUCAAGUGGAGGGAUCAAGAGGGAAGGACACACAAUGGCUGCAAAGGGCAUUACGUAAGAGACAUCUGUAUCUAUGGAAUAGAAGACCUGCCCUGGAUCAUUACGAGGAACAGCAUGUUUGCCAAUAAGUUUGAGAGGAACACCUUCCCCGAGGCACUGGACUGUCUGGAGCAGUGGCACAGAAACAAGGUCCUGAGCAAGUCAACUGUUCCCAUAGACCCAUCGUGGUUUCUAGCUACACGGAGCAGUCACUUCAACAGCAGUGCUGGAGAAUUAAGUUGAUGUUGGUAUCCUAAACAAAAAGGCGGGUUACUGUACACGCAGUUCAGAUUAUUUGGUCUUGUUCAGGCCGUG